AUGUGGCUGAAGGACUGUUUUUUGGUUCAUGAAGGCAGCCCACUGGGGGAGCUUCAUCGCUGUGUCCGAGAUGGUGUAAAAAUCAAUGUCCAUAUCCGCACUUUCAAAGGGCUUCGUGGAGUCUGCACAGGGUUUUUGGUUGCGUUUGACAAGUUCUGGAAUAUGGCCCUGACAGAUGUGGAUGAGACAUACAGGAAGCCAGUACUGGGCAAAGCGUUCUAUGUUGAACCUCAGCUCACUCUAACCAGGCUGUUUGACAGACUCAAACUGCAGGAGUCCUCAGUAAAGAAGGGAGCUGACUCAAAGACUGUCUCAGAGGAGCUAGUCCUGACAAAUGACUCUCAAACGCUUGGAUGGAAAGCUGGAUCAGGACGAGGGAGAGCAGAAGAUGAGCGCGAGAGGCAAAAACGCUUGAGCAGAGCUGGAGAAAAGAAGACGCCAGGUGACGGUUUGCAUCUGGCUAUCAGAGGUGAAGCUGAUACGGGGAGCGGGACUACCCACACAGAGGGUGCCAGUGCUGGUGGUACCCAUGCAAGAAGCCAGUCACGGAGAAAGAAGAGGCCCAAAGUGGAUUAUCAACAGGUGUUCACACGCCACAUAAACCAGAUUUUUAUUCGAGGAGAGAAUGUCUUGCUUGUCCAUUUAGCACACUGACUUGGCUGAGCCUUAGUCAGUGUAUUUAUUUGAUAGCAUGAAUUGCCGCUACAGCUCUCAUUGCUAUUUCGCAUUCUUGUUAAGUAUCAUGGUACUCCGACUGGUUUCCCGUUGCCAUAACAAGGUAGGGGAAAUAGUUCUAAAUGGGGCAUCUUGAGCUUGUUGCCAAAGCAGCCUCCUUAGGUCUUUGUUGGGGCGGAUCUCAGGACAAGUUCAGCAACACGCUUGUUUCUGUGAGAUGAGGAAGAUGAGCGCAGAUCCCAGUGCUCCUUAAAAAGAAGCUAAAUGAAGAGAGUUGGAAGAGAGUUUUGGUGUAGCUGGCUGUUAGGAGCUCAUUGUGGCACACAUUAAGGAGAAUAAAAUUAGACCUUCACCUGGAAUGAGUCACUAAUGCUGUAUAUUUUACAUGCUCUGAGUAAUCUCAAGAGAAGAUUACUGGUGAAACCAACAGUUUAGAUAAACUGCUCUUACAGGGACGUGUUCUUUCCAGCUGUAAUUCCGGUAGUCAUUUUGAAAUAGUGUAUAAAAAGGUGGAGUGAUAGACUUCUGAUGGCUGUUAGCCUCUUCUGCGUAGUUAGCUCUGUAAUGCCCUGCAUGAUAGAAAACCUCUUCCUAACUGAAAACUACUUUUUUUUUUCUGUGAAUGAUGGCAAGAUUUUAAUUUUUCAGUAUCAAAGCUUACGCUCCUGUUUGCUGUGCUUUUGCCCUGUGUCACCAGCAAGCAGCUAAUGUAGCCGAUCCAGGGACCUCCAUGUUUGGAGCUUAUCUGUGAAUGUUGUAGAUGCAUAUAGAAAAUUGUAUCUUUAUCUUUCACCCAUUUGCUGCAUGGUGUAAUAGUGAAGUUUGCAAAGAUGUAGGUUUUCUCAGAUUUGAGUGUUUGUGCUGAGCACAUUUGUACUGUAUCUGAGCGCCUUUCAACUUCGCUCUGUUGAAGCUAGAGGCGCUGCCUCUCCAGUGGUUCUCACGGAGCAGAAAUCUCUGUGAGCCUUUCCUAACUGUGUGAAUGAUGUCUCUUCUAAUUCCAGUUGAACUGAGCUUUGGAGGCGUGCCUGAGGUUGUUUUGAAGUAUAAAAGUCUUAAGUCAAACCCAGGUCAUCAGUGGUUUUAUUUUAGCAAUGUUCUUAAGGUGCUGUAAAUCAGGCCAGGCGUCUGCAGGUAUAAACUGCUUUCCAAGAGCUAUAUACAAAGUCUGAGGGUAAAUGAAGCUGUUGAUAUCUAGUCUGACCUCUUGGAUGUCAAACGACGCUAGAUUUCACCCUUCUAUCCUUGUAUUCAUCUCAAUUAUCUUAUGCUUUGUAGCAACUCCUGUGUUUAAAAUGAAGUUGGGAAAUUGCUAGGGCAAUGGUUAGAACUGGCAGUGGGUAAAACAACUUUUCAGUGCUUUGUAGCGGGUCAUGUAUUGCGUAAUGAUGUCAUAAGUCCUCAAACUGAGUGACUGUACUCAGACAUGUAUUUCUGUUGCUGCAAACGCAGCAUGCUGCUUGCUUGUCAUUAGGAGUAUGUCUGAUGCUUGGGUGAAUUACAGAAAUCAUUUAGCAGGAGUUUCUGGACACACAAAGCAGCUGUAUGCCCUUGGGGGAGCCUGAAACUUUUAUGUCAACAUUUCAGAUGGCUGAGGGCAUGGAUGACUGAUCGGCUCUACCACUGAGCUGCAAACCCAAGUUCAGUGUGGGACAAAAGUGCCUAAAUAAAAAGUGCUAUUGAGGACAGAACAGUUUCAUCGAGAGUAGAAUAAACGAAUAUCUACAAUUUUUUAUUAUGCACAGCUUCACUGCUGUAAUCACUUCCUACUCUGAAAUAAGACUAGGUGCCAAAAAGACUCUUCCCUUGGAGGCUCUUGCUUCCUCUCCUUUGGGCUGUUCCUGUUUAUGUUGGUGUGGUCCGCUGUCUCCCCCACCACCCAUCCUUUCAGUACUUUGUCUCCUCAGGACAUUCCUUUCUAAAAUCUGGUUUAAGAAGAUUGUUGUUUUAUUCAUCCUUAGUUCUGUUGGUUUUCUGAACCUUUCCUGGUUGGCUUUCUGUGCAGUCAUCGACUGACCAGAACCGUCACAAACUGUUAGAAACGCGAGAAGCUAGAAACAAGGGACGAUUUUUCCUGCUUUUCACUUCUCAUCAGCUUUUACUGGAAGCUUUUCCAGUAAACUUUUACUGGAAACUUUUACUUUUUUUUUCUUUAUUAUGUUUUUUCCCCUCUCUGUUUUCUGAUGCUUUGUUUUUGUUUCAGUUGCUGGGAUGACCAUCUCUGCUUCUUCCAUUAGUGUGUGCCAAACGCAUUGCCUUUCUUUCAUUCUUGACCAAAGGGUGUCAAAUUGUCACUCAGGCCCAUCAUACUAUGAUAUCUAAGUGAAUUCUUGCUUUUCUUUACCUCAUAUUCUUAAUUCUCUUUCUGUCUCACUAUUUUAUACUGCCUCGUGCAUUAAAUGAGACAUGACCACCAUGAAUGUUCCUCUUGCAGCUACACUGCCCACUUUCCUUGUCAACUGAUGCUUCACCAAGCUUUCAUUUGCUACUAGAAAUCUCAGUGUUCCCUUCCAUCAGAAGAUUUUUCUCUGUUCUUCCCAACAUGAAAUCUUGCAGGUGUUUCUUCACAUCUACGAGUUUUUUUUCCUUAGUUUUCAAGAAAAAGGCUGGUGCUUAGACUUGCAUUUGUGCCUUGAUUUUUGUAUCACCACCGAUCUGCUCUUCCAAAAUCGUUAUAGUAGUCAGCAAAUCUGUUUCCGAACUGUACGGUUUGUCUACUUUUUCUUGCUCUACCUCAUUAUUAAACCAUUUUCCCUCUUUUCGCAUUGUUUUCUCAUCUACCUGUCAAGUUGCUUACAAUUCUGUCUUCCAUUUUAGACUUAAUGCUUUAUUUGGUAGUCCUUCCUUUGUUUCCUAGUUUCCUGUCUGCCUCUUUCCUUAUUUCCAAGCUGCUUCCUAAAUACAGCCCCUUCUGCAACUUCAGAUCUUUGGAAGUGACUUCCUUUUCCCUGCUUUUUCUGACGUUGUAUCAUUUUAAAGCCCGUUUUCAAAAUGCUGUUUUAUGGAUUUUGUCUAUUUCAAGCAUAGUAUUUGAUUGUGACUAAGCAAGUGAGCUUGUAUGUGUUUUGUCACUUGCAUGUUUAAUCCUUCAGAUAAAGUUGCUCUUUAAAUAAAAUUGAAUGUGAUAUUCUGGACUGAAGUCUUCUACCUCACUUAAGUAUUCAUGUAAACCUAUGGGGGGAAAAAAAACCCCUUGGAAACGAAUCUUUUUUUAUUGUUUCUGGUUAUUUCUUUUGUUGACUUUCCUUUUCCAAACUCAGCAUAAAAAACAAGCUCUUUGUUCAAAAAGCUGUCUGCUCCUGCCAUUCCUUUAUUGUAGCGCUGUCACAAACAAGAUGAUGUGAGCGUAGACAUCUGAAGUUAUUAGGCUAGAGAAUAAACUGCAGGGGCAGGAGGUAAUCUUAAGAAACAACUGUGUGAAAGUGAAAAAGCUUUGGGCUAAGUAUAAAGAACUCCCUGGAUAGGGUUAAUGCACUGGUUGCAUUCGGUCCAGUAUUUCUGCGGCAUUUUUUCAGCUUCAAGGACAGCAGUGAUUCCUAAAGCAUGUUUAUUGUGAGGUACCAAAUUACUGCAAGGAACAAAGUCUUCUGAACUACCUUUAAAGAAGGGUUGUGACAAUUUGAGAAUUUUCAGGAAUCAUUUCUAGAAUACUAGACACCUGCAGAAAUGACAUAAUGAAGUAUUCUUGGCAUUGAACUGUGAUGUCAGCUAUUUCUUACAGUGUCAUAUGUCUUUUCUUUGCCAGCACAGCUCAAGUGGGGAGUGAAAUCUUGUGGUUACUUUAAGAAUGGCUUUUUUCUUUGUAUGGUGAUACAGUUCUAUAGACGUUUCUAAUAUAGUCUGAAUGGGGUUUGCACGGGACCAUGGCAUAAAACCCUUCUGCGCUGCGGGAAAGUAGGGAAAAAUGGUAAGUGGAGACUGGCUAAGACCUGCUGUGUUAGCUUUAAGUUAUGGAUGGCAUGAAUGGGAUUAUUUCUGGGGAAGCCCUUUUGCACAGGUGCUUCAUUUUUAUCAAGCGCUUCUUAAAUAGGCUUGUGGCAGUGGAAUGAAUAAGGCCAAAGGCACAAAAAACAGCUUGUGGAAAAUAUGAUUGUAGUUCCUUCUCUCGACUGACUAGUCCAGUUUUUGGUUGUGGCCUGAAGGUUUUCACUGAUCCAGAGACAAGUGCCUGGCAUUUCCUCACUGGGUUAUUACUGAAGUAGUCAGUAAGUACUGUUUUCCAUCUGUUUCUUGUCCUUGAGUUCUUGGAUUCAUUGUUUCUGAUGCAGCUUUCCCUUCUGUAUCAUUUGGAAGCAGGGGCAGAUCUCUCAGCAGGAGUAGGCUCUUUUCCCCUCCUUAAGGAAUGUUACCUAGUUCAGUUUUGCAUCCAGAUAGCUGGAGGCGAUUGUUAAAAUUUCUGCUUUUCUCUGUACUUUUCUCUGCAAAGAGUAGUGGCAGACUUUUGGAAUUAAGUAUUUGGUCAGAAGAACUGUUUGUCUUGGAUCUGUUGAAGUAAACUGAUUCUUCACUUUUUUCCUUCCAACAGCUCUGGAUUUUCCUAGUUUGCUGUUGUAAUCAUUCACUUGCACUUAGCAGUGGAUGAAGAAGUCUCCAGGAAAAAAAAUGCAAAGACAAAAAAUAUCUAAUUUUUGUGCAGUUUGGCAUUCUGUCCGACAUGCUCCUCACACCUUUCUGUUUUUCUCCUGGAAUAAGAAAUUUCUGUGUAGACUUUAGAACCCGGACUUAAGGCCCUAAAUCUAUGUGACAGACCUAAAUGAGCCGGGUGGAAAAAAUGAUUUCACCCACAGUCUUGAAGAAAGAAGAUGUAAAUGCAGUAGGAUAGCAAACUAUGAAAACACUAAGUUUCCAAAGAUGUGUAUCUCCAGAGAAACUUUCUGUCUUUGAUUAAAUGGGUCAGCUUAAACUUAAAAGCUCUGCAACUGGUUAAAAUUGCAAGGCACAGUGCUACGCCCUUUAAGAGCCAGCAACAGUAGCAAAGAUGCAGUGAUACCUUCAGCCAGGCAAGCUCUUUCCUGAGAGGCUGUUGAAUAAUAUGUUUGUGUCUGCUUCAAA